AUGACCAAGGUGAUCCAGUUAGCUCCCCAAAAUCAGGUGCACAACAUUUUAUCUACUCAGAUCCAGUUACAGCAAGGCCAAUCUGAUCAGGCAGUGUGGAAUCUCAACACUAAUGGCAAUUUUUCUGUUUCUUUUGCAUGGAAUAACAUCAGAGAAAAAAGGGAGAAAACCAAGAUCAACACCUACACCUGGAAGAGAAAUAUACCUUUCAAAUGUUCCUUCUUGCUCUGGAGAGCAAUUAGAGGCAAGCUUCCUACCAACGAAAAACUUUCCAGCUUUGGAAUUGAACCGGGCGACUGCUACUGCUAUCACUCUCCAGGAAAUGAUACAAUUGAGCAUAUUUUCAAUUCUGAAAGCUUUGCUAAGAGUGUUUGGAAAUUUUUUGUUGUUUCUUUAGGCAUUCAAACUGAUUACUUGCCUCUUAGAAAUAUGAUCAUGAGGUGUGCUAAAAAGUACGGAGGCAAGCAGUCCAACAUUGCAAGGGUAAAACAUCUCGUGAUUCUGGACAAUUUCAAAUUGCUGCAUACAAUUUUCCCAUAUAUCUCUUGGCCUUUGGGAUGGAACAAGCUUAGUACACUUAUUGAGAAAUGCAACCAUGAUAUCAAGGUGACUACUGUACAGUGGAUUAAACCUCCAGACAGGUGCAGGGGUGUUCUCAGGAACCAUAUUGGAGAAACUAUCUUUGCUUUUUCGGCUCCAUUGGGGGAAGGAACCAACAACCAAGUUGAGGUGGAGGCUGCUAUAUUUGGCCUAACAUGGUGCGUAAAUUUGAAAUAUAACAAUGUGAUCCUUGAAGUUGAUUCCCAGCUACUUGUGGACUGGCUAGUGAGCAGCACAGCAGUGCCAUGGACCAUCUCACACCAAAUGCAGAAGCUCCACCAACUUGUCAAACAAUUCACUCACUUCAAAUGCAUUCAUACUCUUAGGGAGGCCAAUUUUGUGGCAAACUUACUCUCUAAACACAUCCAUCAGAUUACCAGCCCUCAGGUAUAUUUCAACAGCCAGCAACUUCCCAAACUUGCAGCAGCCUAUCUCCAACACGAUCUGGCAGAUAUGGCAAGCUUCAGAAGAGGAAAGUUAAAGAGAAUCAAGGAACCACCUUGA